UUACUGAGAAGGCAAACAUUUGAUUCUCUUUUUAUAUUUAACUAUUGUUAAACAAAGUGAUUUUGGCAUUUCAUUCGAUCUCUUAAUAAUUGUGCAGUAUCGCUAAAACUAAUUCCCUCGAUUAAAAAGACAACGAACGUCGGUUCACUAUAAUGCUCAAACUCGCAUCGCCCAGUCGUGUAUUUCAUUAAAACAUGUUCAAAAAAUUAAAACAGUAAGAAAAAUCGAAUUUUGGCUCAAAUAAAACGAAAUUACUGUUAUCGGUAUUCAGAUAGGGCCUAAUCUGAUAUCGAGUGAAUCAGUGGAGCUAGAGAAAUAUUGGCACAGAACUUUAUUCUUUUGUGUGGGACGGUAAACUACAGUGAUUUAAAUCUUCUGUAACAGUGUUGAAGGUUAAUAAAAAAUGGAAACAAAAAAGAGAGAUAUGGGAGCUAUGGACAGCAAUGCGACAGCUCAACCUCAUACAUACCCAGGGCCGGACCCGCCACCAUACCCAGGCUUUGCUCCAGGCCCCGCCCAACCUGGAUAUCCUCCAGCCAUGAAUCAACCACAAGUAACCGUCAUCCAUCCAAACACAGGAAUUGUGGGAGCCACCGUCAUUGUUACAAACAGUAUGGCGCCAGGACCUACCUCAUAUGUGUGCAGGUCUUGCAAUCAUCAAAUAGUUACAAGGGUGGAGAGGGUCCCCUCUAUGAGAACACAUCUGUUUGCUGCGCUGCUUUGUCUCAUAGGUUGCUGGCCCUGCGUAUGCGUUCCUUAUUGUGUGGACUCCUGCCAGAACGCCGAACACUACUGCCCUAACUGCAGUGCAUACAUCGGUUCAUACUCUGCAUAAUUUUGUAAUGUCUACCCAAAGCCGGUACUCACUAACGAGCUGUAACUAUAUGAGUCAUGCAAGGGUCAAGAUUGUCAAAAAAUCAAGUGAAUAUCGUCAAAAGUCUGUUUAUACCGCGAAUCUAAAGAAGCUCGCACUGCGAAACGUAAUAGGUUACGAUUAUAGUCAUGAACAUCGUGCCUAUAAUAGAAUGCCUGCAAUAAGUAGUUUCGUUACGGCUUACAGAUGAGUACCAGGCUUUUAAUAAUGCAUUUAUAUUAGAGUCUAAACACACUGGCGAAUGUCAGUGCGACGAUUGGAAGACGCUUGUAGAUGCUGCGUUGUCGUGCCGUAAAACGCGUCUACAUGCGGCUAAAGUUAGCAUGACAUGUUUUAUGUGGAAGAAAAUAAAAUAAAACUGGUUCGAAAAAACAGUUUUUUCGAAGUUGUUAAAAUCCGUGACACAAUAUCUGUAACAUCUUCAUCUCAGUCACUUAUGAGGCUUGUUGCUUUUAAAAAGCCUUUUAUUUUAUUGAAACGACGGCGUUGCGUCGCGCCGGUGUCAGAGGAUUCUAUUAAAUUCUAUUGUGAUAUAUUUCUUUAUUUUUAAGUACAUUUGUAAGAAAACUAGCGUUUUUACUAGCUUUGCAAUGUGAAAAGUUGGUUUUAAAACCUAUCUGAACUUUACUUACGAUUUUCUCUAUUAUACACGGUUUAUUUUGUAUGGCAAUGUUCAGUAAUUUAUCCAUAUUUCAUAAUAGUAUUCCAUUAAAUAUUUUUACUAUGUAGUAAGUAUACUUAGGUAGAUACUAUAUUGUAUUUUGCAAACAUUUUGAACUUAAAUAAAAUUGUUACUUU